GGGAAGCAGAGAGAGAGAGAGAGAGGGGAGCAGAGAGAGAGAGAGAGAGAGAGAGAGAGAGAGAGAGAGAGAAGGGAGAGCAGAGAGAGAGAGCAGGGAGAGCAGAGAGAGAGAGACAGGGGAGAGCAGAGAGAGAGAGAGAGCAGGGUA